UCGUUGUUCUAAACAGGAAAAUAGAAGAAGAAUGACUUGGUGAAGUGUGUACAUUUUCAGCCGCCCCCUUCCCCAAUUUUUUUAUGCUCUCUCCCCAUCAGAUAACUGAUCAGUAGCUUAGUUCAACUAAACUACCCUCAAAACCGACCGAUUCUCUCUCUCUCUCUCUCUCUCAAUUCUCAAACUCUAUCGUUUCGUUCUGAUUUCCGCUGCCGAAUUGUUUGCUGGAUCUUCAGGAAAAUGGGUACGCUGCUUCGUACUUCCCUCACUUCUUUUCGUUCUUAUUGUUAUUAUACUCUUACUACUGCUAGUAUUGUUAGUGCUAAAAAAAUCACGAAUCAUAAUCACAAUCAGAAUCAAAAUCAAUUCUUGAAAUCUGUUAGAGAUCAGUGCAUAUCUAGAAGCUUUAGGAAUGUUGAUCAUGCCUUACACCUGUUUGAUACAAUGCUUCACAUGCGCCCUUUGCCAUCCAUUGACGAUUUUAAUCACGUGUUGGGUGUCAUUGCAAGAUUGAAGCAUUACCCAGUUGUCAUUUCUCUAAUUAAACGAAUCGAAUCAUUUGGUAUCUCUCCUGAUGUUUAUACUCUUAAUAUUUUGGUUAACUGCUUCUGCCAUUUGAACCGAGUAGAUUUUGGGUUUUCUGUCUUGGCAACAAUUUUGAAACUUGGUUAUCACCCAAACUCUAUUAUUCUAAACACCCUUGUCAAGGGGCUCUGUCUUCAAGGUAACAUUGCUGGAGCUGUGAGAUUGGUAGAAGAAAUGGAGAAGAAGGGGUAUAAGCCUAAUGCAAUUACUUGUGGAACAAUACUGAAUGCUCUGUGUAAGAUUGGACAGACUAGUAUGGCUAUUAGAUUGCUUAGGAAGAUGGAAGAAGGGAAUUUUGAGCUUCAUCUGUCAGCGUAUAACACAAUCAUUGAUAGUUUAUGUAAGGAUAGAUUGGUAACUGAGGCUUUGUUUAGUUUCUAUUUCUUUUAGCUCUUGAUCUUCUUGUAUUUGUUUCAUUGUUCAAAGUGUUCACCAUCGUGAACAUGAUGUUCAAUUCUUUUAAUAAAAGUCUUAUUACCUAUCAAAAAAAAUUAACUGAGGCUUUGAACCUUUUAUCUGAAAUGAUGAGUAAAGGCAUUCAACCGGAUCUUGUCACUUACAAUUCCUUAAUUCAAGGCCUAUGCAAUUUCAGCCUGUGGAGAGAGGCUAUUACUUUGUUGAAUGAGAUGACACAGAGGAAGAUCGUGCCAUGUGUAAGGACCUUCAGUAUAUUGGUGGACACAUAUUGCAAAGAGGGGAUGUUGAUAGAGGCGAAAAAAGUUUUUGAUAUGAUGAUUCAAAGAGGUGGGUUUUGUCGAGUGGAGAGACAUAAGGCUACUCUAGAGCUAUUUCAUAAGAUGCAGGCUUGUGGUCAACCUCCAUAUCCCCAAACCUAUGCUGUCUUGUUGGACAGCCUAUGCAAGAAUGGACAAGUUGUUGAGGCAAUAAAAGUGUUUCAUGAGAUGGAAGACAAAACAUUGGGCAACAAUAUUGUGAUUUACAACAUUUUAAUUGACGGUUUGUGUAAUGUUGGGAAUCUUACAAUUGCAAGAGAACUCUUUUAUAGUCUACCUGCAAAAGGAUUGCAACCCAAUAUUCGAACUUUCAAUGUAAUGAUCAAAGGGUUUUGCAAAGAGGGGCUAAUUGAUGAAGCGAGUGAGUUGCUAGAGAAAAUGGAUGGGAACCAUUUCUCUCCUAAUGAUCGAACAUAUAACACAAUCAUCCAAGGGUUGUUGCAACAGAGUGAGACAGUAAAGGCUAUGGAACUUAUUAAGAUAAUGAUUGGCAAAGGUUUUUCAGCAAAUGCAACCAUUGCAUCCAUGUUGGUUGACUUGCUAUCUACAAAUCCAGCAGAUAAAUCACUUCAAGAAUUACUUAUUAAGACUUUGCCAGUCAAUCUAUAAGGCAUAUGUAUAUUUGUUGGAAGUGGUAAUUUACUUUUUAUGAAGUGAUGUUUCUUUUCAUAUCA